AUGCAGGAUAUGACGAUACUCAACCACCAUUUCCCGAAGGACACGAACGUGAAGAUGGUCACCAUUGGCAAGAGCUUCGUGAAGCCUCCCUUCCAUAUCCCCGACGCCCUGCGAUCCAAGACAGCACUCGACGCCUCCAGCCGGAUCCGAAGCUGGAAGACCUUGCCGUAUUCCACGGCUGACUUCAAGCCAGAGCGUUGA